GGGGCCAACUGGUCCCUGUGACAGGCCCAGAGCACGACAAUCAGAAGACAGUUGUAGAAAGCAAAAGGGACCUCUCACGGGGCUGACUUGGCUUGCCAAGGGGCAGACCCUGCCACCCUGUUGUUGCAGCCCUCUGAUGGAAUGCUGGUGAGGUCCUCCACCCAGGGGAGCACCUGGGGCUGAUGUGCAAGAGGCUGCCUGGUAAGUGAGGACUCCCGGAGGCUGACUGACCUGUGAUCCCUGCUUCGGAACUUUAGAAGCGUCAGAGCCUCUAAUGUGCUUUCCCUCAGCAAGAUGAGGACUCUGAACACCUCCAACAUGGACGGGUCUGGGCUGGUGGUGGAGAGGGACUUCUCCUUCCGCAUCCUCACAGCCUGCUUCCUGUCCUUGCUCAUCUUGUCCACUCUCCUGGGGAACACGCUGGUCUGUGCUGCCGUCAUCAGGUUCCGACACCUGCGGUCCAAGGUGACCAACUUCUUCGUCAUCUCCUUGGCUGUGUCAGAUCUCUUGGUGGCUGUCUUGGUCAUGCCCUGGAAGGCGGUGGCUGAGAUUGCUGGCUUCUGGCCUUUUGGGUCCUUCUGCAACAUCUGGGUGGCCUUUGACAUCAUGUGCUCCACUGCGUCAAUCCUCAAUCUCUGCGUGAUCAGCGUGGACAGGUACUGGGCUAUCUCCAGUCCCUUCCGGUAUGAGAGGAAGAUGACCCCCAAGGCAGCAUUCAUUCUGAUCGGCGUGGCAUGGACCUUGUCUGUGCUCAUUUCUUUCAUCCCUGUGCAGCUCAGCUGGCACAAGGCGAAACCCUCAAGCCCCUCAGAUGGGAAUGCCACUUCCCUGGAUGAGACCACAGAAAACUGUGAUUCUAGCUUGAGCAGAACAUAUGCCAUCUCGUCCUCCCUAAUAAGCUUUUACAUCCCUGUGGCCAUCAUGAUUGUCACGUACACCAGGAUCUACAGGAUCGCCCAGAAACAAAUACGGCGCAUCUCGGCCUUGGAGAGGGCGGCAGUCCAUGCCAAGAAUUGCCAGACAACUACGGGGAAUGGAAACCCCGCUGAGUGCUCCCAACAAGAAAGUUCCUUUAAGACGUCCUUCAAAAGAGAGACUAAAGUUCUGAAGACCCUGUCCGUGAUCAUGGGGGUGUUUGUGUGCUGCUGGCUGCCUUUCUUCAUCUUGAACUGCAUGGUGCCCUUCUGUGGGUCCGGGGAGACCAAGCCCUUCUGCAUUGAUUCUAUCACGUUUGACGUGUUUGUGUGGUUUGGAUGGGCUAAUUCCUCCUUGAAUCCCAUCAUCUAUGCCUUUAAUGCUGAUUUCCGGAAGGCAUUUUCAACUCUCUUAGGAUGCUACCGACUUUGCCCAACAACUGGCAAUGCCAUCGAGACGGUUAGCAUCAAUAACAACGGAGCCGUGGUAUUUUCCAGCCAUCAUGAGCCGAGAGGCUCCAUUUCCAAGGAGUGCAAUCUGGUCUACCUAAUCCCACAUGCUGUGGGCUCCUCUGAGGACCUGAAGAAGGUGGAGGCAGGUGGAAUAGCCAGACCUUUGGAGAAGCUGUCCCCAGCCCUAUCUGUCAUAUUGGACUAUGACACUGAUGUCUCUCUUGAGAAGAUCCAGCCCAUCACACAAAAUGGACAGCACCCAACCUGAACCCUGAGACGAAUCCUGCCAGACAUGCUCAUCCCA